GUUGUGGGGGUGAGCAGCUGCCGCGAGGCCGUCGCGCGGUCCCUCCAGAGGCGGCCCCCCGGCUGAGAGGAUCCGGGAGCCCGGGGCAGAGCCUAUGAGCAGCUCGGUGGCGGGGCCCGACUGCUGCGGAGGCCUCGGCAAUAUCGACUUUAGGCAGGCAGACCUCUGCGUUAUGACCCGGCUGCUGGGCUACGUGGACAUCUCGGAUCCCCGCUUUGUGGCUGCCGUCCUCGCCAUCACUUUCAAUCCGCUCUUCUGGAAUGUGGUUGCGAGAUGGGAACAGAAAACCCACAAGCUGAGCAAGGCCUUCCGGUCCCCGUACCUGGCCUGCUACUUCCUGGGCUGUGUCAUCCUGCUCCUGAACUUCCUGCGCUCACACUGCUUCACGCAGGCCAUGCUAAGCCAGCCCAAGAUGGAGAGUCUGGAUAACCCCACGGCCUACCGCGCGGGCCUCGCGCUCCUGGGCGUGGGCAGCGUGUUUGUGGUCUCCAGCUUCCUGGCGCUGGGCUUCACCGGGACCUUCCUAGGAGAUUACUUCGGGAUCCUCAAGGAGGCGAGAGUGACCACCUUCCCGUUCAGCGUCCUGGACAACCCCAUGUACUGGGGCAGCACGGCCAAUUACCUGGGCUGGGCCAUCAUGCACGCCAGCCCCGCCGGCCUGCUGCUGACUGCUGUGGUGGCCCUCGUCUACGUGGUCGCUGUCCUGUACGAGGAGCCCUUCACCGCCGAGAUCUACCGGCAGAAAGCCUCCCAGUCCCGCAAGAGAAGCUGACUGGGCCGCGGCCGUUUCCCUGAGGGUCUGCUGCCUCCUGGCCCGCCUGCCCCGAGCGACAAGCCCUUCAAGGGGGACAACGGUGCCUGGCUGCAGCUGGGUGCUCGAGCCUGAUGCAGGCCACUCCAGUGCCUUGGAAAUCGCUGCCUUGGGGACCCUGGACAUGCUGCCCUGUGGCCACUGAGGCCCCCUGCCCCUCUGUCCCCACCACGUCCUGACUCACCAAUAAAGGCACCCUGACCCCA